AUGGAAAAUCAUGAAAACUCUGCAAGAUUGCAAAAUGGACUUGAAAAUGUCAGUAAUAAUGACAUUGAUUCUGAUAUGAAUUUAGAUCAAAGUGAAGAUAAGGAUUGGACUGUUGUCAAAAGAAAGGAACGUUUUAUUGUUCAAAUUGAAGCUGAAAAUGUCCCUGGUGGUAAUAAUAAUGCAAAACUUGCAUCAGCUUCAAAAGUAUUAUCAAAUAUUCAGCCCCUUGUUGGCUUAAAUAUUAAAUAUAUUAAAGGAAUCAAAUAUAUUGUAGCAACCUUUGGAACAAAAGAAAAUGCAGAUAAGGCAUGUGAACUGCCUUUUGCAGAAAAUAGUGACUUUAAAUUUCAAACACAUAAAGAAAUAUCUGUUCAAGAUUAUCGACAAAGAACUAUUAGCAUAAGAGAUUUACCCUUAACUGCAAAAAAAGAAGUUUUAAUGAAUAUUCUAUCUUCUUAUGGAGAAAUUACAAAUAUUAAAAUGAGAGCACAAGGAACUUGGUAUAAAGCACAAAUUACAUUCAAAGAUAAAGAAUCCAUGAGCAAACUUGGGGAUAAAUGGUCAAUUAUGUACUUAAAAGAUAGUUGUAGAAUUGCACCAUUGGAUGUUACCAAAGAAGAAAUAGACGAAAGAAAUAGUCGUACUCUAAAACUCACUAAUCUGCCAUAUGGCACAACAGCAUAUGAUUUACAUGAUAUUAGUUUAGCAGUAAAGGCUAAAACUUGUUUUAUUACAAGAACAAGACAACAAUACACCAGAAAAAGAUUUGCUUACAUAACUUUUGAAAAUGAUGAAGAUAUGAAAAAUGCAUGUCUGACAAAUUUUGCCUUCAGAAACAAUAAUCUCUCUUGGGAAAGUGAUGAACACAAAACAUGUCAUAAAUGUGGUAACAGUGAUCAUUUAAUAGCUGUUUGUCCAGAAAAAGAAAAAAAUGAUGAAAUUAAACAAAAAAAUGCACGUCUGCAAGGACUUUAUCAUAAAUAUAGAGUUCCUCAGCCAAAAUCAAAUUCACAAAAAGCUCAACAAAGAAUUAUUGAACCAAAUAAUUCAAUUAAAAGAAACAUAGUAGAAAUCAUGAAAAACAUUCAAAAAGAUUUAAAAAAAAUAAUGCUAGACAUAGAAGAAGUAAAGAAGAGAGUAGAAGCAUUGGAGAAUAAUGCUGGCACAAAUUUAUCAAAUACUUCAACUCAACAUAAAACAACUGAAAAUAAAUUUCAAAAUAACUCAUCUAAAGUUAAUUCACAAAAAGGAAAUAAUAAAUUAGAUAUUUCAAUUUUGUCAAAAGGAAAAAAUAUUCCUUCUACAUCCAAACAUACACAAAAAAGAAAAAAAAUGAAUGAAUCAAAAAUUGAUGGUAACUUAUUAAAAAUAGCAAAUCAUAAUGUAAUGGGCAUGAAAGACCCAGUUAAACAAGAACAAAUUAUUAAUACUAUAGAAACUUUACAAUUAGAUGUUUUAGGUUUAUCUGAAACAAAUUUAAAUAAUAGAACUGCGUCACAUAUAUAUAAAAAUAAUAAAAAUUAUUCAUCUUUUUGGAGCUGUUCAGAAGACAAACCAAUAGGUUCUGGGGUUGGGAUAAUUAUACACAAUAAACUAGCAAAAUACAUUCAAAAAUCAACUGAAUUCAAAGGACGUGCAAUAUUUAUAGAUUUAUUUUUACGAGGAAAUGUUAAGAUUAGAAUUAUACAAAUUUAUAACUAUGCAAAUUUAAAGGAACUUGAAAACACAAAUUUCACAGAUGCAUAUGAAAUUUGUCAUGAACAAAAAAUACCAACAUAUAAAAGUGGAGAAAACAGCUCUCGAAUUGAUUUAUGUUGGUUUUCAAAUAAUUUGCUAUCAGACUUCCUUUAUUGUAGCAACUAUCACAUUUAUUUAUACCCGUCAGAUCACAAUAUGAUCAUCACAUACUUUUCAACUGAUGGUAUAUUAAAAUAUCAACAAGAAGCCAAAGCUAAACGUUAUCAAACUAAGAGAAGAAUUUUUAAAUAUGAUAAUAUGUCCAAAGAAAAAUGGAAAGACUUUGCAAACUACUCUAAUGAAUUAUUAAAAAAAAGUUUCUUGUAUAAAGAAAAUGCUAAGAUAAUUAAUCAAAUAACACUUGACAAAACAUGGAAUAAAAUUAAAGAGAUAAUUUUGCAAGCUGCAGAAAAACACAUUCCCUAUAAAUGGACAACUAAUAUAAAAUCAAAUCAAAAAGAUAAAUCACCAGCAUUAAAACAACAUUAUUUUCAUUUAAAAUCUAUCA